GCAUCAUUUUCCAAACACAACCAUAUAAAAGCACGUGUUCUUGUCUGUAGCUUUGAACUUUCAUCUUCCAAGACUUAACUGUUUCUGCAACCCCUAAGUUCACCAUGGAAGCUCCUUCAGCUCCAUCAACUUGUCCCUGUCACCUUGUGGCCAUGCCCUACCCUGCAAGGGGCCACAUCAACCCCCUUAUGAACUUCUGCAAGUUGCUUCUCUCCAACAACACUGGAAUCCUCGUAACCUUCGUGGUCACCGAGGAAUGGCUCGCUCUCAUCGCCUCCGACCCAAAACCCGACAACAUCGAACUCCGUUCAAUCCCCAAUGUGGUACCGUCGGAACUCACUCGCGCAAACAACCACCUCGGCUUCCUGGAAGCUGUCAUGACCAAAAUGGAAGCCCCCUUUGAGGAGUUGCUCCGCUGCCUUCAGCCGCCGCCAACGGCCAUCGUAGCUGACACCUUUUUGUACUGGGCGGUGGUGGUUGGAAUCCGAAGGAAUAUUCCGGUGGCGUCGUUUUGGACCAUGUCCGCGUCUAUGUUCUCUGUGCUCUACCACCAUCACCUUCUGGAUCAGAAUGGACAUUACCCUGUCAAUUUGUCAGAAAAUGGUGAGAAGCGUGUGGAUUAUAUUCCUGGAAUUUCCACAAUGCGCCUGGCAGAUUUUCCGCUAAACGAUGGAAGUUGUAGAAGUACGCAAACGAUGCAGUUGAGCCUAAAAGGUUUCAAAUGGGUUUCCAGAGCACAAUAUCUUUUAUUAGCUUCCAUUUACGAGCUUGAACCUGAAGCCAUUGAUGUCCUAAAAGAAGAGCUGCCUUUUCCCGUAUACACUAUUGGUCCUGCCAUACCUUCUUUUAGCCUUCAAAACACUCCCACUUUGAGCAAUAACAACGGGACUAGCCAUGGCUACAUGGAGUGGCUCGAUGCACAACCUGCUGGUUCUGUUCUUUUCAUCUCACAAGGGAGUCAUUUCUCGGUUUCAAGGGCUCAAAUUGAUGAGAUUGCAUCUGCUUUGCGGGAAAGUGGCAUUCGGUUCUUGUGGGUAGCCCGUGGUGAGGCUUCAAGGUUGAAACAGAUAUGUGGGAACAAUGGAUUAGUGGUGACAUGGUGUGACCAAUUGAGAGUGUUGUGUCAUCCUUGUAUUGGAGGGUUUUGGUCUCAUUGUGGCUGGAAUUCCACAAAAGAAGGUGUGCUUGCUGGGGUUCCGUUUUUGACCUUUCCAAUAAUUAUGGACCAACCAUUGGACAGUAAGAUGAUAGUGGAGGAUUGGAAGGUUGGUUGGAGGAUGAAGGAAGACGUUGAUGUGAGUAUUUUGGUGGAGAAGGAUGAAAUUGUAAUGCUACUGCAAAAGUUUAUGGAUUUGGACACAGAGCUUGCAAGGGGAAUCAGGGAAAGAUCCAAAACUCUUCAGCGGAUAUGUCUUCGUGCAAUUACAAAUGGUGGCUCAGCCGUCACUCAUUUAGAUGCCUUUCGUAGAGAUUUAAUGCAGAUAACAAAUUAAUGCAGUAAAAACGUGGUAGAUUAUUUAGGCACUUGUUUUCAAUUUAAACUAUGUUUGUUUAGUAACAUUUUUCUAUUUAAAUUUCACAUUAUAAUUACUGGUGUU